CGAGUUUUUUGUGGAUGAUGCAAGCGAUACAGCAAGUGUCGCUGCCGGACGUAAAGGAUUAAUUGUUGCCACCCUUGCUAAAAAACUCUACGAUCUAUUCGGGAUGCAAGUGCCCAAGGAUUUCCAUGCAAAAGACCAUCCGCGUGGACGUCAAAAGCGACUUCUACUAUGCUACCAUCUUGGCGAUGGAUACUUUGGAGGCAUGACAUUUAAGAUUAAUAUCUUCCUUCUCCAGAAAGCGGUACGAUGA